GAUGAAUCAAGUUCAUUUUAUCUGCAAACAACACUUUCUUCGACCAAGGUUGCUGUGAAUAAGGAAUCAGCUUUUAAAAUAUUCCAAAAAUAUUCCCAGCUGACAACUACAUCAUAAGGGUUAGCCAUGUCAUCACAACCACCUACGGCAUCUUCUUCCACCCUAGGCUUCUUCCAAUCGCUCCCAGUACUUCCUCCACAGUACACAUCAACGCAAACAAAAGAUGCUACCUUGACUUCGGAUGAUCAAGUCUUCGCUCGAAUUCUCGCCUUGUAUCUUCCUUCAAACAGUGGCGCUGUCAAGGAUCACAUACAUCAUCUCGCACGUGUUGCUCUGCACCCGACUGUCCUCGCUCACGGCGUAGAUGCUGAGACAAACCACCCCACCAUCCGCUCGCUGACCACCUUCGGCGAGGAAAAUCGCAAUGACCCUCUCUGGACCGCACGUGGAUGGAGUGCUCUGAAAGAGAUUGGGUAUAAGGAGGGUGUCAUCGCCGUCGCGUUUGAGAAAGAGCAGCAGCAAUGGAACAGGCGCAUCUACCAAUUUGGCUUGGGGCAUGUAUGGAUCAACUCAGCCACCAUGACUGGAUGUCCGAUGAGUAUGACAGAUGGUGCAGCUGUGUUGUUGAGUCGUCAUCUCAAUGACGAGGAUGGUGAUCAACCAGGACGGCAACAUGUGGUACAGGAAUCCUUCCGCAGAUUGACCAGCCGAGAUCCAGCUAUAGCUUGGACGAGUGGACAAUGGAUGACUGAGCGCAGCGGAGGCAGUGAUGUAUCUGGCACAGAGACUGUUUCCCGGAGACUGACGCCUCAAGAACUUGCACAGGAAGAGAAGGAUGGCAGAGCCCAAGAUGCAGCUGGACUGCCACUAGGUCCAUGGCGUAUCGAUGGAUUCAAAUGGUUUAGCAGUGCUACUGACUCUGACAUGUCUGUUAUGCUCGCAAGGACGUCCAAGGGUGGACUAAGCGCUUUCUAUGCACCAUUGCGUCGCAGGACUGGCGUUACGAUUCCAUCCAUUAACGCUGUUGAGCAAGACACUUACGCCACGGAGCUCAAUGGCAUUCGCAUUCAGCGUCUGAAGAACAAACUCGGCACCAAAUCUCUCCCCACAGCUGAGCUUGAGCUCAAGGGUACUCGUGCGUGGUUGAUCGGCGAGGAGGGCAAGGGCGUGAAAGAGAUAUCUGCAAUCCUCAACAUCACUCGCCUAUACACUGCCGCUGGUUCAGUAGGCAAUUGGGCCCGAGGCCUCGCUAUCUGUCGUGCGUACAGUAAAGUACGUAAGGUCCGCGGUGGCCUGUUGCAAGAUAACGCACAACAUCUCCGAUGGAUGGCCGAUGAAACGGUCAAGUUCGCCGCUGCAAUGCAUUUUACCUGGAUUGGUGUGGCGCUACAGGGCGCUUUAGAACAAGACUGGGAUCAAAUGGUUCGUGGUACUAAGGCGGAGGGUUUGAUCCCUAAGGAUAAAGUCGUCGUGCAAGAACUCCUUCGAUUUGUGCUUCCAGCUGCAAAGGCCCAAGUCAGUGUUGCCUCUGUUCAUGGUUUAAGACAGUGUAUGGAAUGCCUUGGUGGCGUCGGAUACUGCGAGAACCUCGAAGACGGGGGAGUACUCAACAUCGCAAAAACGUAUCGUGACAAUCUAGUCAAUCCCAUUUGGGAGGGAACAGUAUCGGUCAUGGCUGAGGAUGUUGUCCGUGUACUCGGAGAUAAACGGAUCGGAGGUGGGGAUGUUGUAGCCAACGUAUUCGCUCCAUGGGUUCGCAAUAUCAUCAAGAGCUGCAGCGGGGCUUUCAAGAAUGAAGUGGCCGUCAUCGAGACGAGGCUAGAGUCUUUGAUUUCGCUGGUCAAUAAAGCUGACAAGGAAGAACUCCUGUACCGCGGCCGCGAACUGCUGGACCACAUCGAAGUCAUCGUCAGUGGCGCUGUCCUUAUCUACGAUGCAACAAUCAAUCGUGACGACGUUGCUUCUGUCAUAGCUUCGCGAUGGAUAGCAUCUCGUGACCCCACAAGCCAGUCCAGAUCCUCUCAAAAUUGGAAAGAGGAUGUGGUUCUUGAUAGGAAGAUAUUCCUGGGCAACGAAGCGGCUCCCCGACAGAAGUUGUAGAUAACUGCAUAUGAAUGUAAAUAGCGAAUCGUUGUAGCCUUGUGGUUCUCGAAAUCCAAAUCGCAG